CAGUAUAUUUUUUGUAUAAGCGUGAGUGAGCGUACAGCUUUCUUCAGGUUUCUGAUAACCGAUGCACUUAGUUGCUAAAGUAACCUGUUCAUAGCAAUUUCGAAUCAGACAGUUUAAAAUAUACAACGCUUAAUCUGAAUCGAAAAAUUACGAAACGCACAAUUAUGAAACUAAAUCCGAUAAUAUUCGCUUUGACUUAUUUAAUUUGCAAUUUAGAUUUUUCUUUCAUGCUUGAUCCUGAAAUAUUGGAGUCGCCAAAUAAUAUAACGACAAUGAACGACUUUCAGGUUCAUGAAAGUGUUCAGAAGUGGCUAACUGCUGAAAAAGGUGUAAAACAGAUGGUUAAUUCACUUAUUAAAACCGCGAUGCCUUUCAUAAUAAAAUCAUGGCAAGAGUUUAAUGUUUCACACCGCUGCUCACGUGAUAUGAUGAAGUUUCUGCUGGGUCUAAAACAGAUAAAAUACUGGGCAUUUAGAAUGCUUGAUUCCUCUGGUAAAAUACCGAAUGGUAUAUUUAGUGGAAGCAUUAAUUCAUUGGGUGAUUUCGAUGUUUGUGUGGAAACUGUAGUUAAAGGAAAAGAUAGCUUCAAGGGUCAGUACUGCUUAGUAGAAGUGUCUCCACCUGUUCCACCCAGAAGACCAUUUUUCUCCUACGACAACGAAAUUCCAGAAUUCAUCAACACUACUCAUCCGGAUUCGGUUACGUCAGUUUUUAUGCGUAGAGCAAUGUAUUACUAUCAUUUGAAUUUUCGUUCAUCAAUCUGCGUACCUUCUACUUGUACGAAAGAAGAUGUUUGGAAAAUGUCGACUGAAGUUUUAAAACUUGCUGGGAUUGAUUUUCAAGUAAUAAUACCUAACUGUGAAAUCAAAGAGGAUGAAGUAUCUUUCAGCAGAAGUGAAAAAGUAAUUAUAAUCGUUUUGAGCGCCAUCGUACUUUCAGCUUUAUCAGCAACUAUUGUGGAUAUUUAUUUAAAGUUCAUAACGACUGAUGAGGAUUAUCAACAAAAUAUUAGUAUAUCUUUGAAAUGUUUGUUGUGUUUUUCUGUCUAUUCAAAUGGUCGACGGUUGCUGAAGAAGGAUAACAACCCCGAAUCCAUUAAAAUAUUCCAUGGAAUGAAAGUCAUCACACUCUUGUGGGUGAUACUAAAUCACACCUAUCUUUAUUUAAAUUAUCAAACACUUAGUGCUCUUUUAAAUGCAAGAGAAAAAGGGAAAGAAAUAGCUUUUCAAUUUGUGGUGAAUGGUUUUCUCAAUGUAGAAACAUUUUUCUUCAUCAGCUCAGUUCUUGUUGCUUACGGAGUAACAAAAAUGAAAGGAAAACGAAUCAACAUUUUCCUGUACGUUUUUCGACGAUUGUGGAGGUUGACCCCUCCAUUUAUGUUUGUCAUUGCCUGCGUUUAUCUUUUACCUCAUUUGGGCUCAGGUCCAGCAUGGAAAGAAACAAUUACAGACGGAUUAACUAAGAACUGUAAGAACUACUGGUGGACGAAUCUCUUAUAUUUCAACAACUACGUUCCGUAUUUUGAUACGUGUUUAAACUGGACAUGGUACAUACCAGUAGAUACUCACCUAUAUUUUCUCAGUCUUCUUGUUUUAAUUCCAUUGAAAAGAAAUGUCAGAUUAGCAUUCAUCAUAAAUGGCGUACUGCUUGUUAUUGGAAUUGUCUUAACGGCUGUUUUCCACGUUUACUACAAACUCCAUCCAACAGCAAUUGUAGUUUACAUUCAUCCUGAAGAUAUAGCUUACUUUGUUGAAAACGGAUACUUCAAAUCAUAUUUACAUAUUUCAUCCUAUAAUGUGGGCUUAACUGUUGGGUACUUUUUAGCGACUCAUCAGAAAAUACGAAUACCAAAGGUCGUGAAUAUUAUAGGCUGGCUUACAGCCAUCACUCUCAGUCUGGCCGUCUUGUAUGGAGUUUAUGACUGGAACCAAGGAAAUGUUCCAGGAGUGUUUGUCUCAACUUUAUACGCAUGCACCAGUAAACUAGUCUGGUCUUUGGCACUGGCCUGGGUUACAAUCUCAUGCAUGACCGGAAAUGCAGGCUUUGCUAGCGCAGUCCUAAGUUGGGAUGCUUUUGUACCAUUCGGACGACUCACAUACAUGACAUACCUAAUACACCCUAUCAUACAGUUUGUGUACAUCGGAAGUACAAGAACACUGAUUAGGUCAGAACACAGGACUUUACUUUUUAUGUACUGUAGCAACGUCGUUCUGGGUUUUAUGAUGGCUUGCAUAUUUAGUCUUCUGUUCGAGUCUCCAUUCAUGGCUUUAGAAAAAGUUAUGUUCUCAUCUGUUCAUUCUAAUGUGAAAACAAAGAAUGCUGAAGAAGAAAGCAGCCCUAAAUCAACAUUUCAAGCUAAACACGCUUGGAUCGACCCCGUUCUCCAGACUGAUCGAAAUGUCAGUGUUAUCAAUGUCAAACAAUUUGUUCCAAAUUGUUAAAUUAUGGAUACGUUGUUAUACUCCAUAAGAGCUUAUGUAAUUACGUUUGAUAUUUUGACAAAGAUUAAAUCACUUGUAAUAAAUCCAUCACAUUCCUUUUUAAAUAUUUAUGUGUAUGUGAUAAUAAUGACCAGUUAAAAACUUGCAAUAUGUUCUAUUUGCCUUUCGAAAGUUUCAAUUAUUGUGAAUAAGAAAUUUAGUUACUAAAAGUUUUACAACUGAGGUAGGUUGGUUCUGAUUUGAACUAAGAGAUUAACUUCUUCAGAUCUGAUAUAUUCUAAAAAGGAAUAAAAAAUAUUUCGUUAUUCCCAUUC